AUGGAUCUAGCCUACGACCACAUUGUCGAGGAAUCCCUCCCUAAGGAGGACGACGGCAAGCGCGUCGCGGGCGGCACCGGCGCCGAGCAGACGCAGAACAGCCUGAACGCCGAAAUUCAGGAUGCCUACAAGGCCUUCUCGGCCAGCCCUUGGGGUGCGAAGAUUGGCGGUUUCUUUGGAAAUGUUGUGAAGCAGGGCGAGACCGUCUACCAGGAAGCUCAGAAAGAGCUCACCGACCUCGGCAGUGAGGCCCAGCGCGGCUUCUCGGGCCUCUCGAGCGCCCUCAUCAACCGGACCCGUGGCCUGUCCCUUACCACCCCAGGCCCCUCCUCCACAUCUUCCUCGUCCACCGCUCAGCAGACGGGCAGCGUCACCCCGACCGAGGGCACCAAGAAAGACAUGACCACCGACGAGGCUCUGCAGGAAUCUGAGACCGUGCUCUCCCGCCUGCGCUCCGAGGCCGCCAAGCGCCUCAAGGAUAUUCAGAAGGCAGAGGACGCUGCGGACGAGGCGCUCCUGCGCUUUGGGACCAAUAUCCGUGACUUUCUGAAGGACGCCGUCUCCAUCACGCCUGGGUCCGGGUCGACGGAUGCCAGCGGGCAGACUGCCGAGGUCCUGUUUGAGAGCAAGGACGCCACCGGCAAGAGGGUCAUCCACACUAGCCGCUUCGACGCACAGCUGCACGUCAUCCAUACCUCUACGGAGAGCUUCACGAAAGACCCUGCGACGGGUGACUGGGAGACCUGGGGCCAGGAGUUUGAUAUUGCCAGCAAGACGGAGGAUAUCUCCAAGGAUCUGGAGAAGUAUCCGGAGCUGAGGGCUACCAUGGAGAAGUUGGUACCCGAGAAGAUCCCCUACGAGGACUUCUGGAAGAGAUACUACUUCCUGAGGCACGGCAUCGACAUUGCGGAAGCAAGGAGGCGGGACCUCCUGAAGGCCGCCUCCGCCGAGGAGGAAGUCGGCUGGGACGAGGACUCAGAUGACGAGACCACCGCCGCGGCGAGUCCCAAGAAGACUUCCGACAGGCGCCCCGGCUCGACCGAAUCCUCGACCACCAUCCACCCGCCCCCAGUUGCUGAAUCAUCGUCCUCGUCCUCCCACCUGCUGAAGCCGUCCGAACCCCGCAAGUCCAAUGAUGAGCGGUCACAGCCCGACAGCGACACGAGCUACGACCUGGUAGGGGCCAGCUCCGGCAACCCCAGCCAUGCGCCGAACAGCCCCAAGGAGGCGCGCAAGGAGGACGAUAGCGACGAGGACUGGGAGUAGUGAAGCCCCGUCAGAAUUUCUGAAACCCUGUUCUGCUUUUGGGUGAUGGUGUUUCUGGCGCUGUAGGUGAUUUGAACCGGAGGAAGGGAUGGAUGAUUGGGUAGUUGGAUGUACAGACCGCCGCAGUGGGUCUCUGCACGUCUGUCCCUUUUGUGUGGAUGUCGCAGGUGCGACCUUAAUCUCUUGGAGUCCCUGGGUAUCUUCUUGUAUAGCCAUAGCCCCCCUGUCCGCAAUAUAAUUGCUUUCUCUUUUUCCUGCUCGCC